AUGAGUUUCGCCCGUCCGGCUAAAUGUUUGAUCUGCAGCUUCUCGCGCACCGCGUCGGUCGUCGGGCCUCGCGUGCCCCGUCGCCAGUUUCAAUUGUCAGCCGCGCGAUUCUCUGACGAAAAGCCGAAACCCCCAGUUGUCAAGGAGGAGCCGAAGAAGACGUUGGAGAUAAGUAAGGAAGGCCAAUCGACCGCGCCGGAGCCGAAGGGUGAGGUACAGAUUCGUCUCCGGGACCUCCCGCGAACUUUGAAGCCGGAGCACUUCAAGGAGUACACAGAAGCAGAAAAGGCCGCGCUCAGCCAGCAUUAUACACCAGAGCAGAUUGCUGCGAUUGAAGCCGGUGAGGCAGCAAUUGAUCCGGAGCAUCUGGCAACCCAAUUCGGUAUCCGGGAAGACCCUCUGGCCUUCAAGUAUCUCGAUGACUUUUCGACGAUUGAGCCCGUCGUUGACAAGCAUGUCCGCGCCCCUGAAUCCAAUUCCGAUUACACUGCAACCCUGAAGACCGAGGAAGACUUUAUCGAUGACUUUGCCAAGUUUUUCGCCGAAUUGCCCGAGAAUUUUACCAUGUCUGAUUGGGUACGGUUUGCGGAGACGAAUCGCAUGACCAUCGGGAAAGAGGAGAACGAAUUGAAUCCGAGCAGCUCGCUUGUGCCAGCCUUGUUCAGGGCGGGAGAGACUUUGGAAGGGCCGACCGAUAAACCACCGAAGUACUACGAUGCCGGCGAGCAGGGAGCGAAGGCUCAGGAUGAAGAACCGUCUGACGAGAUGAAGGCACUACUGAAGGCUACGGGGUACAGUAUGAAAGAAAUCUCUGCUCUGAAAGUCAAGACCCUCGUGAGCCACCGCGUUGUGAACCAGACUCGUCUGGGUAAGAUCCAGAGCAUGUACAUCCUAGCUGUCGCUGGGAAUGGAAAGGGUCUCCUGGGUAUUGGGGAAGGGAAAUCAGAAGAGCCGUCAAAUGCACAGGCUCAAGCCUGGCUUCGUGCCAUCAGGAAUAUGCAGCCCGUUCCGCGAUAUGAGGACCGCACCAUCUAUGGCGACGUCAAGGGGAAAAAAGGUGCGGUGGAAUUGAAACUAAUGAGUCGCCCGCCUGGUUUUGGUCUCCGCUGCCAGAGUCUGAUCUACGAGAUGUGCCGCGCCGCCGGUAUCAAGGAUCUUGCCGCCCGCGUUGAUCGGUCUCGAAACCACAUGAACACGGUCAAAGCUGCCUACGAGGCCCUUAUGAGCCAACGCCUUCCCGAGGACAUCGCCCGCGCUAGAGGAAAGAAGCUGAUUGACGUGCGAAAGGUCUACUACUCCGGCAGAGAUGUACAGAGAGCCGCAGGACCACGUUUUCAGCGCCAAAAUCUGGCAUAG